AUGGAUGAUUUGAAUGAACAAAAAGAUAAACUGGAUGCUUUAUGUCAACAAUUGCAUGUAUUGUAUGACGAGGUGAUUAUUCCAGAUACAGAAGAUGCCAGUUGUGUGUUUGAACAGCAUUUAAAGCGAGAUGUAGAGCAAUUAGCGAGUGACAUACCGAGUAUUAAACAUAAGAUUGAUGUCUAUACAUCAGCACAACACAAGUUAUACAAGGCAAGGGAACUUAUAGAGACAGCCAUGAAAUCAUUACCCGGUGCAUCCAACUUUAUGGACCGACAAGCCAUUGUAGCCAGCCAAAAUAACAACCAUAGUCUACUUAAAUCUGCCAUUGUUUCUUCUACCAUGGAUCUUAUGAAGCAUGCUGACAAAAUUGCACAAAAGUCAUACCAACUUGUGCAUGAAGCACAUCAGAUAUGCAGUGAUGUACCCAACAUACCUACUGAAACAAAUCAGAGUAGCAAUGUAGUCACUGUUUUGACAAAUUACCGAGGAUAUCGUCUCAAGAUAGAAUAUACGCUGCGUACACAGGUCAAUCCUCGUCUACAUGGAUUUGAGAACCAAUUGGCGACUACUAAAUAUCAUUAUGAGCAGCGUCUGAUUGAAUGGAUUGAUCAUCAAAUAUUGACCUUGGAAGCAUUUCUCAAGACAAAUGGGUGUGCGAUUGAUAUUGAUGGAGAAAUCAGUCGAUUGAGAAUGGGGUCUCGCGCUGCUAUUGCUGCAGUGGCUUCGGAAGCAAGUGGAAGAGUGACUGUGGACGAUGUAUUGGAUAUUCAGUCUGCAUCUGAUCUUGGUGCUUUACCUGAAUAUGAUAAUAACAAUAAUAAUAACAAUAGUAGUAAUAGUAAUAGUAGUAAUAGUAAUAGUAGCAAUAGUCAUGUAUUAGCCAAUGAGACUUAUUUGACUCAACCUACUGACGGAAUUACCUUCUUAUGCUCCUGA